AUGGAAAACGCCGUCGAAAUCCGAACGCCUGAAGCCGAGCGAUACAGGAUUUGCUAGUGGGGAAAGCCAUGUUGGCAUUGGCCGUAAACCAGAACCUAAUAAUUAAUUAAGUGUAUGUAAAAUGGAGGAACAAAAUUCUUCUCAACCUGUAACAAUAGUUCAAGAAUUUUCUGGUCCUGCAGGAGUUGUCACCAUUGUUUCAACUACCCAAGAUUCUUCUAACUCUAAUACAAGCCCAGAGCAUAAUCCAGUCGUGAACCAAAAUAAAGAUCUUUAUCCAAAAUUGCCAGAUACCACUCAUAACAUGAACAUUACAACAACUUCUAAUGAACAUCCUAUUAAUGUAUCUAAUAAUGAAGAAGCCAAAGAAACCCAGACAAUAACCAAAAGCGACUUGCCGAAACAUACGAUUAAGAUGGUAAUUUCUAUGUAGCAAUCUUCUGGGACUUCAGUUAAAGUCCAAUCUCUUAGCAAAAAUGAUGAUCCUUUGAACCAGCCAAUUAUUGCGAAAGUUGAGGAAGUCAAACCUAUGUGUUUUUUACGAAGGAUCGCCCACAAAGGAGAUAUUUUUAGCCAAAAAAUGGUUUGUCGACUAGUUUGGCAAGGCAGCUAAUUUUUGGCAACCAAAAUGCUCCUAACUCUCCCUUCCUUGAGCAAACAAAAAACAUUUUGUUCUCUCAUAGAGGCUAAAUUUUUUUUCAAAAAAAUCUCAAUUCCAAAAAUUAGAAGCUAAAAUUACUUUAAUUUGCAAGCCAUUUACAAAUUAAGAAUUAGCUCUUCCACUAAAGAGACAGAGCCAAAAAGGUGACAUCAUGAACAUUUCUGACCAAAAGGGCAGAUCAUCCCAAACAAACCAUCACCCACCGCGAUACCUCGCUCUUACCUGGUUUAGCUCUGGCGCGUGCUCCUCCUAAGGUUAAUUCUCCUAAGAUAUGCUGAGCUGUGAAACCCGAGCCUCUUGAUUGCACUGAGGAGCAGCUCUUCUUGUAAUCCUCAAAGUUAAACCGCUGUUUCUGGGCAGGAGUUUCUCAAGAGAAAACCAAACCCAUAAAUAAUAUUUCAUGAGAGAGAAAUUAGCAGAGUUAAUUUCUCUUGACUCAAUGCAAUUUAUUUAUUAUCACUUAUAUCAAAAUAAUUUUUUAUAAAAAUAGGGAUUCUUCCAAUGAUUUUGUUUACCUAGAGAGGUCAUCGGAGGAGUAAUUGGCUAUUCAUCAUACAAUAGUAUAAACCACAAGAGGAAAAGACCAACUCAAGUGAAAAAAAUGAGCCUAAGGUGCAGCAAUCUAAUGAAGUCAGGGGAAAUGUGCAAGUUACUGUCACCACGACGAGUUACGCUGCUGAGGAAAGCCAGUCUCCUAAAAAUGUAAAAGAGAAUAAAGACCCAUUGAAGAAUGCUCCUGAAGAAAAAUACGAUGAAGAACAGAAGGAAGAAGAAAAACUUGGAGGAGAUGGCCAGGAGUAUGGCAACAGUCCAUUAGUGACAACGAUGCAUAAAAAUGAUGAAGCUCAACAAGUUGCAUCUACUAACUCCCCAUGAGUGAAUAAAAAAAAUUUUGUUUGAUGAUGAAGGUGGUUAAUUUUUUUUAAAAUUUUAUAAAUAAAGCAAAAAUUAAUUUAAUUUGUAAAAUUUAUGUUUAAAAAUGCAUUUUUUUUCAAAUUAAACAGAAUUAACUAGAGAUUUCAUUAUGAUAAUUAUUAAAUUAUAUAGCAAAAUUUUUUUCGCUCAUGGAGAAUGGGUUUUUUUGGGCAAAAAAUAGGGGUUUUCAAGAGUUUUCUUCUCUCACAGAUGUGGAGGAUUAAAGGGAAAUCUAAGAGGAAAAAUCGUGAUGCUAAAGGCCAAGCUGCUUGCAACGCGUGCUUAUUAUUUUAG